AUGGCGGCGGCUGCGGUGUCCGGCGGCGCCGGGGGGGCCCCGCUCGUGGCCCCGGGCCCCCGCCUGGCCCCGCCGCCCACCGCGGGCCGUCCCCCGGGCCCCGCGCGCAUCGGCUACUACGAGAUCGAGCGCACCAUCGGCAAGGGCAACUUCGCCGUCGUCAAGCUGGCCACGCACCUCGUCACUCGCGUCAAGGUCGCAAUAAAGAUCAUUGACAAGACUCAGCUGGAUGAAGAGAACCUCAAAAAGAUUUUUCGAGAAGUGCAGAUUAUGAAGAUGCUGUGCCACCCCCAUAUCAUCAGAUUGUAUCAGGUCAUGGAGACGGAGAGAAUGAUUUAUCUGGUCACGGAGUAUGCCAGCGGAGGGGAGAUAUUUGAUCACCUGGUGGCUCACGGACGAAUGGCUGAAAAAGAGGCUCGGAAGAAGUUUAAGCAGAUAGUAGCAGCUGUGCACUUCUGCCACUGUCACCAUAUUGUCCACAGAGACCUGAAGGCCGAGAAUUUGCUGCUGGAUGCAAAUCUGAACAUCAAAAUAGCAGAUUUUGGAUUCAGUAACAUCUUCACUCCUGGUCAGCUACUGAAGACCUGGUGUGGGUCCCCCCCUUACGCUGCCCCUGAACUUUUUGAAGGGAAGGAGUACGAUGGGCCGAAAGUGGACAUCUGGAGCCUUGGGGUGGUGCUCUAUGUGCUGGUGUGUGGGGCCCUGCCCUUCGAUGGCAGCACGCUGCAGAACCUGCGGGCGAGGGUGCUGAGCGGGAAGUUCCGCAUCCCGUUCUUCAUGUCAACAGAGUGUGAACAUUUGAUCCGCCACAUGCUGGUGCUGGAGCCGAGCAAACGGCUCUCCAUGGAGCAGAUCUGCAAGCACAAGUGGAUGAAGCUUGGGGAAGCAGACACCGACUUCAGUACAUUAAUAGCAGAAUGUCAGCAGCUGAAAGCCGAGAGGCAGCUGGAGCCCCUGAAUGAGGAGGUGCUGCUGGCCAUGGCGGAGAUGGGGCUGGAUAAGGAGCGCACCCUCCAGUCGUUGAGGACAGAGGCCUACGACCACUACAGUGCAAUCUACAGCCUUCUCUGUGAUCGCCAGAAGAGGCAUAAAACCCUGCGUACUUCGGCCCUGCCCAGCCUUCCCCGGACUCUGACCUUUCCAGCACCUGCCAGUCUCCAGGCAGAACCUGCUGGCAACCCAGUGAGCCUCAGCGUCCCACAAGUGCAGCUCAUCAACCCAGACAACCAGAUAGUCGAGACGGAUGGUACCAUGAACCUGGACAGCGAUGAAGGAGAGGAGCCAUCUCCCGAAGCUCUGGUCCGUUACCUCUCCAUGCGAAGACACACCGUUGGUGUGGCUGAUCCUCGCACUGAGGUGAUGGAGGAUCUGCAGAAGCUGCUCCCCGGCUUCCCGCGAAUCGCCCCACAGGCCCCGUUCCUGCAGGUGGCCCCAAAUGUGAACAUGGCAGCCAACAUGCUUCCCAUGCAGCACUUGCAGCCGACCGGCCAGUUGGAGUACAAGGAGCAGUCUUUGCUGCAGCCGCCAACGCUGCAGCUGCUGAAUGGGAUGGGGCCGCUGGGGCGCAGGGCCUCCGACGGGGGAGCCAACAUCCAGCUGCACGCCCAGCAGCUCCUGAAGCGUCCUCGAGGCCCAUCUCCCCUCGUGACCAUGACACCCGCAGUGCCUGCUGUGACCCCCGUGGACGAGGAGAGCUCGGACGGGGAGCCAGACCAGGAAGCCGUGCAGAGAUACUUGGCCAAUAGGUCAAAAAGGCACACCCUGGCCAUGACCAACCCCACCGCGGAAAUCCCGCCCGACUUGCAGAGGCAGCUCGGACAGCAGCCCUUCCGCUCCCGGGCCGCACACCUGGCACCUGACCAGCACCGCUACGUCUACAAGGACUCGAACACGCUGCACCUCCCCACAGAGCGCUUUUCCCCAGUGCGCCGUUUCUCGGAUGGGGCAGCCAGCAUCCAGGCCUUCAAGGCGCAGCUGGAGAAGAUGGGCAACCACAGCAGCAUCAAGCAGCUCCAGCAGGGCUUAUUUCAGGAGUGUGAGCAGCUCCAGAAGAUGUACGGGGGCCACAUGGACGAGAGGACUCUGGAGAAGACGCAGCAGCAGCACUUCUUGUACCAGCAGGAGCAGCACCACCAGAUCCUUCAUCAGCAGAUCCAGGACUGCAUCCGUCCGCCACAGCCUUCCCCCCCCUUGCAAGCAGCGAGCGAAAACCAGCCAGCUCUGCUCACUCACCAGCUCCAGAGAUUACAGAUCCAGCCCUCCAGCCCACCCCCGAGCCACCCCAGCAAUCAUCUCUUCAAGCAGACGGACAGCAGCCCCCCGCCCGUUAGCAGCAGCCUGCUCCAGACCCACAGUGCAGCCUCCCAGACCCCGUUCCAGGGCGGGACGCCAUCGCCUCCGCCUCCACACGGCAACAUCUUCCAGCAGCCUGGGAACCGCUCCCCGCCCCCUAACCUGGCCUUGCCCUGCCUGGGCAUGCAGCAGCCGGGGCAGCCCGUCCCUCUCCCGAUGCAGGAGCCUGGCGACCUCAUGCAGGGCAGCAGCCUUCUGCAGGGCGGGCGGGGCUUGCCCAUGCCCCCCAGUGCCAGUCCGCUGCAGAUGCACCAUCGUGCCAGUCUGAUGGCCUCCCUGACCUACGGACACCGGCCCCUGUCUAAGCAGCUCAGCGCAGACAGCGCCGAGUCCUCCCACAGGUACCCAUCCACCACAGGCUACACCCAGGCACACCUCCACCCCCAGCUGUUCCCUGAGCCGUCCCGCGUCUCUCCGAGCAGCUUCGGCCCCGCGGCCCCCGCUGGCUUUCCUCCGGCCCCAGCCCUGAAGGUGCCACUCCUGGAGCAGUUCCCGGGCUUCCCCCAGAGCAGCCAGCAGCAGCACUACGCGGCCUCCGCCCUGCACCAGGCCUUGCUGUCCCCGACCCCGCCAGACUACAGCCGGCGCCAGCAAGUGCCCCCCAUCCUGCAGGGGCUGCUCUCUCCCCGCCACUCGCUGGCCGGCCACCCGGACCUGCGGCUGCCCCAGGCGGAGGUGGCCCAGCUGAUCAAGCGACGGCAGCAGCAGCAGCAGCAACAGGACUUCCAGGAGCUGUUCCGGCAGAUGAGCCAAGGGGAGGCGGGACAGGGGCUCCCCAGCAUGGCCCAGAAACUCUCUGACCGGCCUCCCCUGGUUUUGCCUUACCAAAACACUGACCUCUACCACCCCCACGCCAGCCCCCAGCCCCUCUUGAAAGUCAGGGGACAGGACUGCCUCUCGCACGUCUCGGGGGCGGCCCGCGGAUACGCCCCGCCUUCGGCCCUGCUGCACUCGGAGAGCAUGGAGGAGGAGGAGGAAGCGGCGGACUGCUUGUGCGAGGGGCCCAGGGACCCUUUCCCAGGCCACAAGACCAAAGGCUGCCCCGAGACGCGGCUCCUCUUAAGCGUCGGGGGGCCUGGGGACUCGGACUCUUUGUUUGGGCCUGCCAAGGGUGAGCCAGAGCUGGGAGCACACCUGUAUCGGCCCCAGGCCGUCUCUCCCUUCUGUCGGAGCGAAGUGCCCUGCCCAGACCCCAUGGUCACCGGUGGCCAGGAGAGGACCUCGCCCGGGCACAUGGAGAUGGCCGAUGCGGAGGGGCUCACGGCCUACCCAGUGAGAAUGAUUCCUGCCGCGCACCCCAGAUCCCGGCCCCUGCAGAGACACCACACCAUCCAGAACAGUGACGAUGCCUAUGUGCAACUGGACCCUUUGCUGGGCAUGAGCCUCAUGGCAGGGAAAGCACUUAGUUCUGCCCGGAUGGCCGAUGCUGUUCUCAGCCAGAGCUCCCUGGUGGGCAGCCAGGCCCUCCCCGAGGGAGAGAGGAGGGAUGGUGGGGAACAGCUGGAAGGCCAGGAGCAGCCCGGCUUGGGUGAGGGCAGCCAGCAUCUCAACGCCUCUUGCUACCCCUCCACCUGUGUCACUGACGUCCUGCUGAGCUACAGGCACCCGGAGCUUCCCUUCGGGGUGGAGCAAGCGGGGGUCUAGCAAGCCGAUGGCAGCCGGCUGGGUACCGCUCCGAAGCGAAAAGGUCCAUUUCAAACCGACAGUAUCUUGCAGCCUUGCACCAAACAGCCAUCGCAUUUCUCUGGGAAGGAAACCUCAUGGCGGUGGUGACUCUUCCUCCUCCUCCUCCUCCUCCUCCUCGUUGGUCCAAGAGCGUGCUUGUCCCUUUCGGAUGUUCGUUAUUGCCAUAUUUGCCUGUGAUGCCAGCUGUUCCGGAAGCGCCAACCGCCCCUCUGGGGGCUGCAGAGAUGGACUGACCACAACCCCAAGGGUAGCAGGCGCCUCCCUGGCCUCGCUGGAGCCAGCAAUAAGCAGACUUUGGGACGGGCCUUUCCAGGGGCCGAGGGGCUGGGCUGGGGCCGUCUUCAUGCCUGCCUGCCUGCCUGCCUUCUGUUGCUCGACAGCCCCCCACCCCCCACCCCCUCUGGAUUCAGGCUCUCUCUUCCCCCCCCCCCACCCCCCCCGGUCCUCUUCUGGCCGCGGUGCAAUAUUGCUUUUGUGUCUCAUUUAUUGACUUUUCUGUGUUUGGAUUUUGUCAUUGUGCUCAAACAACCUUUUUUUCUCUUUUUGUACCUCUUUUUCAUUCAUAUCAUGUGCUAUCUUUCCUUUUUUAGUUUAAUUCUGAGAAAGUUUGGUUCUUGUUUUUUAACUUGUUUCCCUCCAGAUCAUGUAGGAAUUUGUUUCAGUAAAUUUUUUGGUAUUAUUAUUAUUAUUAUUAUUAUUAAUAUUAAUAAAUUAAUUCAGAAUGCCUUCCUGCCCCAGGCCGUGCUGCUUAACCCCUGCUCCCUCCCCCUCUCUCGGCUCUUCCCCGGGCCUGGCAUCUCUGCUCCGGCCUGCCCUGCCCUCCGGAGGAGCCCUCCUUUUCAGGCACUGACUGGGCGAAGAGGCCUUUGUGUGCCUCAGAGGGCUUGGCAUCGUCUCUCUGCCUUUGGGGACCUACGGAAGCUUCCCCCCGAAUUCCUGUUACUGACUCUUUGGAAGAGUUUUUUUUAAAGGGCAGCCUCCCUGCAGCUCUCCGGAUCGGCACGGAAGCUCAGGGUCCCUUGGAGGGCUGAUUCUUUGGCUGAGCCCCCUCCCCUUCGGGAGCACCUGGUCUCCUCCUCUGGGCCGGAUCAGAACUGGAGCUCCCGUUUCUAGGAGGAGGGGGGAACCGAAGGUGGCCCCCCCCCCCCCCCUCCACCAGCUCUGGACUCCGGCUUGUUUGCCCUCCUGUUUACAUUACCUGGGAGGUGACAGCAGCACCCCCCCUCCCCCCCCCAGCCCUAUUCCAACAGGCUGGGGGGUGGGGCAUGCCGGGCUGGGCUGUUUUGCAGUAUCACAUUUUUGUUUGUUUUCAGUUUUGGGAUUUUUUUAAUUGUUGCUUUGUAUUGUAUAAUCAGUACUUACAGUAUAUGUUGAAUGUAUAACAUACUUUGCUAUAAUUUCUGUUUUGGGGAAAUGUCCAGAGUAUUUUUCUCAUUUAUGUUGGACUAAAACAAGAGCCUACACACACACACACACACACACACACACACACACACACACAGAGAGGUCCCCCAGGUUUUCAGUAAAUUCUUAGUUCAGUUUUGGGUGGGUGGGCUGUUUGCAACUAGUUGUUCAAAUAAACCCUCGAUUCUGAUUGGCUCUCA